AGCCCAGCUCGGGGUCCUGGUGCGGUCGCGUAGCAGCGGCAGAGACGCGGCCGAGCCGCUACCGGACUACGGUCACCUGUAAGCGGUAAGCCGGCUGCCUUUGAGGUCCAGGGGCUGUGGUGGGAAAGCGCAUCUGCGGUGUCCCGAGUCCCUCUGAGCCUUCGCGAAGCCGAACUGAGGACAAAGUACCUGGGAACACCCGCCCGAGAGAUGGGACGGAGGGAAGGCAGAGGCCCAGCCGAGACCCGACCCAGAUCGCGGGUCCUUUACGGGAGAUGGUGGCUAGGCCCGAUGAGCGCCUAAAAACGUUUGUCACACGAAAGAGAGCUUGACCGCAUGAAGACAGUGACAGUCACUGAGGGAUUCCACUACGGUGACAAGACUCCAAGGCUGACACUUGUCCACGGACACGAGCUAAUGGCAGGGGACAGAAGCAAGCAGGGUGAGCUGGACCAAGAGAAGUACGAUGCUCAUGAAAACGUGAAGAUCAUCUGCCUGGGGGACAGUGCAGUGGGCAAGUCCAAACUCAUGGAGAGGUUUCUCAUGGAUGGAUUCCAGCCACAGCAACUGUCCACAUAUGCUCUGACCCUGUAUAAACACACGGCCACAGUAGACGGCAAGACCAUCCUUGUGGACUUCUGGGAUACAGCAGGCCAGGAGCGGUUCCAGAGCAUGCAUGCCUCCUACUACCACAAGGCUCACGCCUGCAUCAUGGUAUUUGAUGUCCAGAGGAAAAUCACCUAUAAGAACCUGGGCACCUGGUAUGCAGAACUUCGGGAGUUCAGGCCGGAGAUCCCGUGCAUCCUGGUGGCCAAUAAAAUUGAUGCAGACAUACAGAUGACUCAAAAGAAUUUCAGUUUUGCCAAGAAGUUCUCCCUACCCCUGUACUUUGUCUCGGCUGCUGAUGGAACCAAUGUUGUGAAGCUCUUCAAUGAUGCUAUUCGGUUAGCUGUGGCUUACAAAAAAAGUUCCCAGGACUUCAUGGAUGAGGUUUUACAGGAGCUUGAGAACUUCAAGUUGGAGCAGAAAGAAGAGGAUACACCAGACCAAGAGCAGGGUGACAUGAGCAAGAGCCCAUCUCCUUCUUAACCAGAGGACAUCCACACAUGGCAGAAUUGGGGUAUUGGGGACCAUUUGGAACACCCUACAUUGCUGGAGAACCUCUCUAGACUACCCCUGCUCAACUUCCUGCAAACCCACUGUUCUGUGGUACUUGAUGAGGUCAACACAAACUAGACAGAUGUGAUACCCACCAGCUUCCUGCAUCAGGAUGAGGGAUCCGUGUCUUUCACAUCCCCCACCCCCACCCCAGCAGCCUGACAGUGCAGAAACAGUGCACAUGCUCAUGUCUUCUUAGUAGACAUUUAGGUGUUUGUUGGUCUUUCUUCCCAAACUGACCUCAGGGACUGUCACUUCCUUUUUGCCGAGAGAAUGAUGCAAAAGGACUGUGUCCCUACAGAAUCCAUCCAUGAUACCCCUGUCCCUGUCUCCCAACCAACUUUCUCAACAAUAUUUUGACAGACAACUGUUAAUUCCAGAUUUGUUUUUAGCACCGACUGUUUCAGGAGCUCUUCUAGGUCAGUUGAGAGCACAGGAGCAGAACUAUUGCGGUGGAGUGAAGACAAGUCUAGCCAUAUCUGCUUACACACACUUUACUGUUCCCCACCACAUGAACAAAAACCCCCUUUAAACCUCCAUCUCAGGGUAGAAAGCUUCCUCCACCUCUGGGGCGAGCCACACACUGCGUCGUGGUCAGGGUAGCAGUGAGGAGCAGAGGAGAGCCGCCUGCGCUCUGCAGCUUGCUGGAUUGCCUUGUCUCGAGCAUUUGCAUUAUCAUUUUGUUUAUAUUGUUUCCUUUUUUACAAUAAAGAGUACGUUUCAUAAA